AUGGUGACUGGAACAACCUUGAAUUACUUUUUAGACAAUAGAAUUAAUAGAGCCGAGAUCCUUUUCCCUGGCGUUGGCUGCUUCUUGGUUGCAGUUUGCCUUGCUUCUACUGUCCACUCAUCUAAUGUAGCUGAUAAUAAAGAAAAGCUUGAAGGUUUUUCAUCUAAAGAGGGGUGUUUGGGAAAAGCACUCUCAUUGGAUUUUCCAUAUGUUUCUUUUACUGGUGUUUUCUUUUCUCUAUUCUCACCAGCAUUCAACUUGGCAACAAAUGAUCAAUGGCAUACAUUGAAAGAUGGGGUUCCUCACUUGGCUUAUAUGAAUGACUGGAAUGGCAGAGGCUGGUCCUUAAUGGUCGGUCUGCUCUGCGGGUUUGGCAAUGGUCUCCAAUUCAUAAGAGGCCAAGUUGCAGGGUAUGCUGCAACAGAUGUUGUUCAGGCACUUCCACUAGUAAGCACUUUCUGGGGAAUUCUUUUGUUUGGAGAAUACAGAAAAUCGUCAAGAAGAACAUAUAUAUUGCUAGUAAGUAUGUUGUCUAUGUUUAUUGUGGCUGUUGCUGUUCUUAUGGCAUCAUCAGGGCAUCGAAAGUAG